CAGUAAUGGAGGAUGGACGCGGUCUGGACCUGAUUAAACUCACCACAGACAAACUCUCCACCGAUGUUGUAUCAGAAUCAGUGACAUGUUCCUCUUGUGGAGCCAUUUCAUUAUUCAUCGGAACCACCAGAGAUCAUUUUGAGGGAAAGAAGGUGGUUCGGCUGGAAUAUGAAGCGUACGUGCCCAUGGCGGAGUCAGAGAUGAGGAAAAUAUGUGCUGAGUUGAGGAGAAGAUGGCCGACGGUCCGACACAUCUGCAUCCACCACAGACUCGGCGUGGUUCCUGUUACCGAGGCCAGUGUGAUUAUCGGCGUCUCGUCCCCUCACCGCAGUGACUCUCUGGAAGCCGUGAAGUACGGAAUCGACUCUCUGAAGUCCACCGUCCCCAUCUGGAAAAAGGAGAUCUAUGAAUCAGAGGAGUCGUGCUGGAAAGAGAACAGCGAGUGUCUGUGGACAGGAAGUCGGGACGAGAGACAAAUGACUUGACCUUUGGACUGUAAAUGGCUCUGGGGAUUUUAUCUGGAGUCGAGGGAACGGACCGAAAGCUCGUGAGAGAGACGAGGAUUCUUUCUCAUUUCUAACUCAGCAAUUUUAGAACUAAUUACAAAAAUAUAUCUAGGUUUAAGAAACGGUUUUAAAUCCAUGAAUCAAUCCAAAUUCAGUCCAGAAAUAGAAAAUGAAAAACUCUUGUACUGCAUUAUAUGAAAAAUCUACGUUGUAACGCAAAAUGUGUACAUUCUUAACUCUCAUUUUAUUUUGUCUCCUAAAUGAACAACUGUGCGCUGUUUUAGUGAAAUAAAACACAAAGUCCA